AUGCGCUACACGGUCCAGAUCGAGGCUUUGGCUGUGUCCGAAUGGACGGAUGAAGACGUGGAGAGGCUAGUCCCCCUCCGUGUGGCGGAGGACCACCUCUUUAAUGGGAGGAGGUUUGCUUCGGCUGCCGGCUGGGAGGCUGUGCUGCAGAAAAUGGGGCUGAGCCGGGAGGUCAGCCCUGCCCGGGCAGCCAAAAAGUGGGAAAACCUAAAAAAAACCUACAAGGAGCUCAGGAAACCACCCACAGGAACUGGCACUGAGACGGAGGAGCCCACUGCUGCAUCAUGGAAGUGGUUCUCCCUGAUGGAUGAGGCGAUAGGCAGCAAACCGUCUGUACGGCCUCCCUGCCUUAUUGCUUCAUCCUGGGAGGAGAGCCCUUCCACGUCUGUGGCACCCUCCUCUGUCUCAGUACCACAUGAUGAGGAAGAUGAGGGCGAGAGCAGCACCCCUGCCAAGCGGCCGAGGCUCGAGAGUCUUCUCCAUUUUCUGGAGAAGGCAGAGAAGAGAGAGGAAGAGAGAGAAAAGAGAGAAGAGGAAAGGGAGAAAAAGGAGGAGGAAAGGCAGGAGAGAUUGUUGUCUCUAUUAGAAAAAAUAAUUGAGAAAAUUAAAUAAAAUGUUGGAACAUUUAAUGAUGAGUUCUUUUUAUUUAAAAUAAAAAUAGAAACUCAAACAAUAAACUUAUACAUAACUUAUAACAGGGGAUAUUUCAAUUAUAGUUACAUUUUUAAAGGCAUAUUUAUAGGGACACACUUAUUCUACUAAAACUAUUUACACUUGUGUCUUUUGAAAUGUUUUUUACAUAUUUAAUUUGCUGUUUGACUUCAGAACAAAACA